CGCCAGUCAGCAGUCUGGAAGACGUCGGGGCGACUCGUGGGGACCGCAACCGCUGCCGCCUCUGUUUUGAAGUGCCGAGGUUCAACGCCAGGACUCCAAGAUGGUGGUGAUGCUCAACACGUGCUGCGCGAGGUACGAACUAACGAAGGGCUGCAUCAUCAUAGGAGCCUUCUGGCUGGUAAUCUCUCUGGUGGUCGUUGUGGGAGCACCGCUGAUGAUGCGCAAUCUGGAGAAAGACAUGGACGACGUGUAUCAACACUUCAGCGACGCAUGGAACUCAGAAAAGCAGAAAAUGUAUGACAUCACGCUGUCAGUCCUCAGAGCCACCUUCUACGGCAUCACCGCCAUGGCUGUAGUGGACGGCAUCUGCUCCAUCAUGCUCAUCUUCGGCGCUCGCCAGGACAAGCCCGGCCUGGUGCUGCCGUGGGUGGUGGAGCAGAUGGUGGUGCUGCCCGUCUGGGCCCUGCUGGCGCUGGCGUUCGCCGUCCUCAGCUACAUGGAGGGCCAGCUGCAGAGGUCCACCGUCAGCGUCUUCGUGCUGUUGGUGCGUGCAGGUGUGACUGUGUACUUCAUCCUGGUGGUGUACAGCCAGUACAGGUACCUGAGGGGUGAGCUGGUGCCCACCAGUCCCAACCGGGCCGUCUGAGGGAAACACCAUACCCAGGUCUCCACGUCUUCACUGAUGUUUCGUCGGCGCAACAGCGGCCGACUGCUGUGAAUGUUUCGCGCUUCUUUGGCCACACAAGAACAUACUGCGCAGCAUCAGCCGUGCCGAUGCAUGAACUCACAACGAAGUCUUCUGUCGAAAGGCGUGGCCACACACAAGUUGCAUAAGGGAACUACAGCAAGUCAUCCCAUGCUUUCUGAAGCCUGCGUGGAUAAAUUACAGUUUUAAUGCUCACAACUGUGCAAUAUAACUGAUGAAAGACAUCUCGUUAGGCGCUAUGAGCACCUUUUCGAAACUGUCUAUUUUCUUUAUAGGUAUUCUGGCAUACAGGUCUUAAUCAGUACCAUCGCUUACAAACAGAUUUAUCUAUACCUAUGACGACAACGCAAUAAAAAAGUUGGCUACACUUACAUGCUGCACACAUCUACAUCAAACGUCUCGUAUGUCAAGCGUAAAAUAUUUGUGAUAAUUAUCAGUUGUGUAUAUCUAGAAAAUGUAGAGCCCUAUCAACAUUUAAAACCUAGUUGAAUAAAUGAAUUGUAAAAUGGA